GAAUGCACAUCGGAAACAUCUUUACUCUUUAUGUAUGCUAAAGCUAAAUACAUGGUUCCAUGUACGGCUGGACUCUUAUGCUUUCACAGUGUGUGGCGUCGCGGCUUGCCGGCUUAUCCAUCUAUAUACUUGCUUUCAGUCACAGUUUCGGUUGGUGGCUUAUCCACCUUUUAUACGUUACUCUUUUAAUUAUUUUAAUUUUGGGUUUGAUUGUAAGCUAAGAACCCAGUAACCAUCAAUUUUAUGUUUUGUCAGCCCGACUCCUCUCUGGGUUUCUCUUUUUCCUUUCAAGCGGUUCAUAUAAUCUGUAAUCCUUAUCACCUCUACGACGGUUAACUAACCGUCUAUCACUCAAUUCUAAACAAUUUUAGUGGGUUUUCAUCUUUUUUCUUUAUUCACUUCCUUUUACUUUUCUGGCGUCUUCGAUCUCAGAAGAAUGACUGAGACUGCAAAACAGAGAUUUUUGCCAAGUUGUCGAUGUUGGGUUUAGGGAAUGUUCCGAGGUGUCACGUGUUCUUCGUUAAAGUUGGAAGUCUCUGUGUUUUGUGUCAGAACAUGAGCUGAUCCGGAGAUGUAUUUGAAGUGACAUUUGAAAUCUAGGCGAGGUGAGAUGGAGCCUCCUAAGGGGUUUUGGGCUUCCUUAUGGAGAUUUCUCCACUUUUUGCCCUUCUUCGUUGGCCUUCUUCUCCUUGGCAUCAUUAAAGGUGCCAUUUUCUGCCCCCUGAUUUGCCUUAUCAUUACAAUUGGGAAUUCCGCAGUCAUUUUGGGCCUUUGGCCAGUGCACAGUAUCUGGACAUAUUACAGCAUUGCAAGAUCCAAAAAACUAGGCCCAGUUUUGAAGCUCAUCCUUUGUGCAUGUGUUUCUGUUCUCUUAAUUUUGUGGCCAUUAGUUGGCAUUUUGGGGAGUAUCCUAGCAGGUGCAGGCUAUGGUUUUCUAGGACCACUGACUGCUACGUUUGAAGCUGUUGGAGAAGGGAAAACAGAUGAGUUUGUCCACUGUAUAGUUGAUGGAACAUGGAGCACUAUAAAAGGGAGCUUUACUGUGGUUAGGGAUUUUACCGAUGUUUGUUUCCACUCCUACUUCUCAGUUACAGAUGACCUCUGCCUUCAAGAACCUCCAGAUGGGAAACCUCAUGAGAUCAGAUUGCUUCUUCUUCCAGGUGCUCUUUUAGCUGGAAUUUUUGGUUUUAUGGUCGACCUACCAGUGGUCACACUUAUUGCCCUAUACAAGAGCCCUUACAUGCUUUUCAAAGGAUGGCAUCGAUUGUUUCAUGAUCUUAUAGGUCGUGAAGGCCCAUUCUUGGAGACUAUAUGUGUACCUUUUGCUGGACUUGCAAUCUUACUGUGGCCAUUGGCAGUUAUUGGCGCUGUUUUAGGGUCGAUGGUAUCAAGUAUCUUUCUAGGUGCAUAUGCAGCUGUUAUUGUUUACCAGGAGUCAUCCAUUCAGUUGGGCCUUUGCUAUAUCAUCUCUUCCUUGUCCAUUUUUGAUGAGUACAGCAAUGAUGUGCUUGACAUGCCUGAGUGCUCCUGCUUUCCUAGACUUAGGUACCGCAGGGAAGGGACCUUGUCACGUACCAGCUCUCGAGCCACUUCUUUCUCAAGGCCUAAUUCUUUCCGCAAUCCUCCCUCCCGCUCAGUUUCUCUCAAGUAUGCAAUUAAUGAGUUGAAGCCAGUUGAGUUAUUAGAUGGCUUAUUUAAGGAGUGUGCACAACAUGGGGAGAUUCUGGUUGUUGAAGGACUGAUAGUGCCUGAAGAUAUAGAAGGCUCUAAAUCUAGCACGGGCAGGAGCAGUGUGAUUAGCAUUGGCCUUCCAGCUUAUUGCAUCCUUCAAGCACUUUUACGCUCUGCCAGGGCUAACUCAGACGGUAUAUUGCUAAGCAAUAACGAGACUGAAAUAACUACUACAAAUAGACCAAAAGAUGUCUUCUUUGAUUGGUUCCUUAACCCCUUACUGAUAUUGAAAGAUCAGAUCAAAGCUAAGAACCUUACAGAAGCUGAAGAGAAUUACCUCUGCAAAUUGGUUCUACUUGGUGGAAAUCCUGAUAGACUGAAGAGUUCUAAUCUGGGGACGCCACCUGAAUCUGAGCUCAAAAAGGCUGAACUUGGUGCAUUUGCCCGAAGGCUCCAAGGGAUUACCAAAUCAAUCUCUAGGUAUCCAACCUACAGGCGACGCUUUGAAAGUCUUGUGAGUGCUCUAUCUGAAGAACUUGCCAAAAAGAAUGGCGGAAGUCAAUCAACUAACGGAUCGGUUCCAAGGUCGAAAAGUAGAUUGAUCCCGAUAUUCAGUCAGAAGUCCUUCGGAAGCGGAACAAGCAACCAGGGGCUCAAUAUAGACGAGGGCCAAUCGAUCGCUUAAAAUAGUUUUGAUUUUGGAACUUCCGUGAUCAAAUAUACCAAUACCCUUAAUUUAUCCCUUUUGUAAUAUUCAACUGAGAGGAAUGUAUUUGCAUGCAAGAAGUGAAAUGUCAGUUUUGUUUACAUAUCUAUUGAAUGAACAGUGGUGCUGUCUGUUUUGGAUGGCUUUGUAUGGUGGGUUUAA